CAUUGAAACGGGACGAGGUAACACGCUUGGAGUCUAAGGUGGUGGAAGUUUCAGCUGAGCUAAAAGCUUCGAAGUCAACUUGUGAAGAGGUUAUCAACGAUAACGCUUGGCUUAAAGAACAGGUGGAGAGCAUGCGACGAGAGCUAGGUGAACUCGACGAAUUAUUAAAUUCCAAUCUCAACGAAAUGAGAGAGGAAUCUGAAAGGCAGCAACUGGAACACGAAAGACUACUUCAAGAAAUCCACCGAUACGAUGAACUUCUUCGACAGUCUCAGGAUAAGGUGAAAUCGCUGGAAGAGCAGGGUGUGAUGCUUGCUACUAAUAACGAAGCAAUUUCCAAAACUCUAUUACUGACGGAGGGUGAAUUGCUGAGCUCCAAAAAGGAGCUUGCAGCAGCACACCAGCGUGAGAAGCUUCUUGCGGAGCAGAAGCGAGAAAUUGAAUUCAGUCUCCAGCAGCUCCAAAGGAAGCAUGUAACUGUGGACAGUCAAACAACCGCUUUGCAAGAAAAACUCCAAACGCAGGAGGCGAAAUUACACCUAAUAAUUACAUCGUCUCGGCAAGAAAUGGAGAAUGUAAAGAUAAAAUUAAACAGCUUUAUAGAGAAAUAUGAAGAAGCAGAAGCAAGAGUGAGUGAACUUUCAAAGCGUAUACAGGAGUCUGAAAAAGUUCAGAACAAUUUACGAGAGGCGUACCAAAAGGCGAAAUCUGCUUUAGAAGAGGCUAAGCAGCGCUGCUGCAAGGAUACGGAUACGAUAAAAAAAUUGCUAGAGGAACGUCAGAGUCUAGAAAUAGAAAGGGAGGUUAUUGUGGAAAAGUACAAUCGCGUUCAUGAUAUGUUGAACUCUUUAAAGAAGGACAGCGUGGGGAAAUUUGCGGAUGAGGCACAAAAGUUGUCU